AUGAGGGACUGUGGUGUCUUCGUGGCAGUGUACGCUCAGUAUUUGACAUCGGGUGAAAGGAUUCCAGAUGUCAUUGAUGCACACAUACAGUGUAUGAGAUACGAUGCACUCUUAUGGGACUACGCUGAACGCAAGGUUGCUGACAAAGCCGAGAGUGAUAAUGAAGUUUCACCAAGACCAAUUAGGCCAGCAAUCGAUUACGACAAUGUAGAUGCAAUUGAUGUAUACGCGCAGGAUGAUUUCGAUGAGUUGAUGGGAAAGGUUCAAAAGGUAGAUAUGCGCGUGGCAGAGUAUUUGGAAUCGGCUGGUAGAGACAAGUGGGCUAGAUUGUAUGCAUCUGUUAACCGAGGGUGGACAAUGACUUCUAACAUAGCAGAGUGCAUUAACCGACAUCUUCUAGUAGCUAGAGAACUGCCUAUAUAUGACUUUCUCGAAGAAGUUAGAAGGAUGUUUGGGAGAUGGAAUUACAAUAACCGGAGAAAUGGAACAUACAAGUUCACUACACUCGGUAAAAAGUUUCAGGAGAUGCUAUCAAUCAACGAGUAUCUAUGUCUACGAAUGACGGUAGAACCGUCAACCGAAUUCGUGUACACAGUACAUGAUGGAGGAAGGCGAUUCAUUCUUAAUUUGAAUAGCAAAAAUUUCAGUUGUCGUAUGUUUCAACUAGAUGAAAUCCCCUGCCCGCAUGCAUGGGCAGUCAUUAAAAAGAAAAAUCUGGUUGCUGAUGAUUAUUGCUCUGAUUUGUUCAAACCGGAGACCGUGUUGAAGACAUAUGAUGUACCUGUGGAUCCUCUACCCGACAAGCGUGAAUGGAACAUUCCCAAAAAUAUCUUGGAGGAUGUGGUUUUUCCACCAAGAUACAAGAGACCGGCUGGUAGACCAAAGAAGAGGCAUGAUAAGCCUUUAAGUGAAUUGUUGUUUGGAAAUAGCAAACAUGCUUGUAGUAAUUGUGGACAACUUGGGCACAACAGACGUUCAUGUAGUUUUGAGCCUCUGAGGAAGUGA